AUGUCUGGCUACGCGGCAACGUCCUCGCUCACGCGGAUUUCUGCUACAAAGCAGAGCACCAUCGCCAAGCUGAUUGACCGCUUCUGGGAUGGAAAGCUGGCUGCAGACGACAUGGAUGUCCGGAUGCCCGAGGGACUUUGGGACUGCAUUCGUGAGUCUGAAGACAAGGAGGAGAUGCAAAGAGCAGCAAAACGCUUCACGAACAAGGUCCGGCAAGGCUUCCGCGAGGAAAAGCGGCAGGGACGACAGUUGCAGAAGAAGUCGCGAGAACAGGUUCUGCUGCAGAAGUACGCUCUCCUGGCCUUGCCCGUCCCGGAGGUGGACGCCUUGGAGGUCGACUGGCUCUCGGCGCCCCGCGCGGUGGUGCCCGAGCUGAACUGCCUGCCGGCGCGGCGGUACUUUGCCCUUCGCCAGAGUUCCUUGCUGGGCCGCGAGCUUCGGAAGCUCCGGGAGAAGAGGCAGCAAAUCGCCUACCUGGCGAAACAGGUCCUGGAGCGGCUCCGGGUUGCUAAGCGCCCGGUUCGCCGCAUCGUGGACUUCGGUGGAGGCCGGGGAGACUUCGCAUUGGCCCUGGCCUGGCUGCUGGGACGAAGCGAGCUGGCAACUCCGGAGAUCGUGGUGUUGGAGCUGGAGGCCGCAUACUGCGAGCAAGGCCGCAAGCGUAGUGCGGCUUUAGCAAAGUCUUGCCCGGAAGCGGCGCGUGUCAACUUCGUCUGCCAAGACCUCCGGCACUUUCAGGAACCCUUCGAACUGGCUGUCGGGCUCCAUGCUUGUGGUCCUUUGGUAGAUGCGGUGUUGCUUCACUGCUUCGCUUCGAGGGCAGAGUUCGUGCUAUUGACCUGCUGCUUCGGGAAGAUUCCCAAGCGCUGCGAUGAUUUCGAGCUCAGCUACCCUCGAGCUAGCAGUGCCUUGAUUCGCGGACGCGAGGACUUUUUCGAGCUCUGCAGGCUAGCCGAUGCCCCGGUUGAGAAAGAGUCGGCUCAGGCAAUGCGCCUGCUCAACUCCGAUAGAUGCUGCUGGGUGCGGCAGCGGGGUGGCUGGGCCCAUUUGUGCUGCAUCCCACGAAGCGUCACCAACAAGAACGUUUUGGUCGUUGGAGCUGCUGAUGCCUUGGAGGCCGGUGUUCUGGAUGUCACUGCGCCCAUGGCCGUCGGAAGGGCCUCGUGGGAGGGUCUCAGGGGCCUGGCACCUGCUACGAUCUCUGAACAGCCUCCUGGGACCCUGCGCAUCGUCAUGGUGGCAGACACGCAUUGCCGGCAUCGACAGCUUUCCAUGCCUCCCGGAGACCUCCUGCUGGUCUGCGGAGACUUCACCAAAAGCGGGCUGCGGGAGGAAGUUGAAGACUUCGCUGCCUGGUUGGACUCGCUUCCGUACACGGCGAAGGUGGUGGUGGCCGGAAAUCACGAAAUCACCUUUGAUCACGGUUACUACAACUCGAAGGGCCACGUCUACCCCAAAGACUCGCUGGAACCCAUCAACCCUGUCCAGAUCAAAGAAAUCAUAGCAGGGCGUGCAGGACUGCACUACUUGGAGGAUGAGCUCCUCGAGCUAGAGAUCGGAGAGGAGUUCUCUCCAAUCCGGAUCUUCGGGAGCCCAAGUCAAGGCCCUUUCUUCUCCGAUCAUUCGAUGGCUGCCUUUGGGCGAAGCUUCGAGCAGGAGGAAAAGGCACAGGCGGCCGUGGAGGACGGCGCGGGAUGGCCGACGGCAGGAGACUGCUGCAAGAACACCCCUGUCGAGAGCAUCGACAUUCUGGUGACACAUGGGCCAGCUACUUGCCAGCAAGAUGGGAGGGCGGCCUUUGCUGGAAGUAAGGCACUUCUGAAGGCAGUUCUGAAGCAGAAGCCAGUCUUGCACGCCUUCGGCCACAUUCAUGAGGGCUAUGGCGUACGUGCAAGUGCUUCGACUUACUUCGUCAAUUCCGCGAUCUGCAGCGAGCGCUACAUUCCGCAGCGCCUGCCCAUAGUUUGCGAUCUUCUUCGUGCUGGACCGCAGGAGGCCCGUGGCCUGCGCUUCGACGGUGGCAGAUUCUACUAUGCACGCCCAGCAAGCAACUCCAGCUAUGGUGAGUCGGGCCGGCCUCACAAAGGGCAAGAAGACGAAGGCGAGGCAGGCGGCAGUUCCGGAGUCUCUCCGCUCUAUGUGCGUCUGAUGCACGAGUUGCAUGAUGGACGACCAGAGUUGCACACGGCCACACACAGCUCUGGCUAUCGGAACAAAGCCUCAUUCUCGCUGGGAAAGCAGUUUGUUGGGGAACAGGAAAGCUGCGCCGGAGAGCUGAACGAGCUGGCGGUGAAGCUGCAGGAGCUCGCGCAGAAGGAAUCCGACGCCGAGUUCUUCGUGGAGGCGGCCUUGAAGCUGACCCGCAGCGGCCGGCUGGGCGUGAAGCUGGUCCUCCGUGGUGAGGAAGCCGUGGACAGCUGGCUGCAGGGCCAGGGUGCCAGAUUCAUUACGGAUCUCCGGGCCAUGGUGCCGGCAGUGCAAUCCGUGACGUACCAGGUGGCCCCAGCUGGUUCAGACGAGAAGCCGCCGAAAAGCCCUUGGCAUCCUCGAUACCCGAUGUUCAAGGCUCUCUAUGGGGAUCCCUUCGUGAUCGAGGAUGCGCCGGUGGGCUGCCCUGGGCAGCAUCUCCCUUACCGGCUCUCUCCCGAUUCCUUCUCAGAGGUGAACGGCAAGGCAGAAGAAGCCAUGAUCCAGGUGCUUUGUGGCUGGGUGGAGGAACUUGUGCAGACUGCUCAAGCGAAAACCCUCUGCAUGUUUGGGCGAAACAGCGGCUUCAUCGGCUUGGCACUGCAGCACCGCUUUGGCUUCAAGCGCGUCUACGCGCACACGCAUUGCCCAGUCACCCUUGCAGACGCAGAAGCCAGCGUGGCCAUGAAUUCGGCUCCCGGCUGGAUUCUCGGACGCUGCGAGAAGUACGACUUCGGCGGUGUGUUGGCGAAGAUCCCUGAAGGAGAAGGCCUGUCGGCAACAGGCGAGUUUCCGAGGAGUAGCUGA